AUGCCGGAUGCCAGGGAUGCACCAAUGUCUGAGGACAGGCGCGAGAACGAGACCUCGAGAUACGAUGAGUUGCUACGCGCAACGUGUAGGCCCUUCAGUCAGAUCAGCGCUACCAAACCCGAAAAGUCACCAGAUUCCGUCCUCACUAGUCUCGCUCAGUUAGCAACUUGUCAGACCAACACUGAGCGCUCAUUUGUAUCUCUAUUCGAUGAGGUGAGGCAGUACAUAGUCGCCGAAGCAACACCCUCCACGUCGCUACUAAACAGCUCAUCCAACGGCGACGAUGAUCUCUUGCUCUGCGGGACGUACAUCCCCCGUGCCGACGGGGCCUGUCACUAUGCUUUACGCGCUACAGAGGAGGCUCUGAAUGCAUCUUCCUCGCAAGAGCUGCCGGUAAUCGUUGUUCAAGACUUGGCUGUAGACCCGAGAUUUGCUGCGAGUCCAAAUUGUCGUCCAGGCAGCUUCGCCAGGUUCUACGCCUCUGUACCAAUACGGUCUCCUCGGGGCAUCAACAUCGGUGUCUUGUGCGUCAUGAGCUCUACGCCUGGCGGUGACUGGGAAGAUAAACACUCAAAUUUCAUGCGAGGAUUGUCGCAGACAAUCAUGGAUCAUCUCGAGGGUAACCGAAUCAAGCAUUCACUAAAACGCAGCAUGGCGAUGAGCCUUGGGCUCCAGAGAUUCACUGAGAGGGGGUUGAACUCACCAGUUCAGAAAUCGCCUCUUAGCUCGGAACUUCAUCCAAACGAAACCCCAACGCAACGCGAUAUUGACACUAUCUCCUCCACACAAUCUGUUCCCUUGGAGAACCCGAAAAACCAACACAAGGAUCACACGUCCUCGAAUCCAUUUCUCAUCGCCGCCACCAUCGUCAAAGAAGCUCUCCCUGCUGAUGACUGCGCCUUUUUCAGCGGAGACUCUCUGGACCUUCAUUUGGUCCGCUCACCAGAAACAGAAACUCAGUACGACUUCUCCCUCGAUGCCUCUUGCCUAAGUCCAGGCGUCUACAGCAGUGCAAGCGCCGAUGAUACUCCCACUGCCGCCAAAUUCCAACCCUCCUGUCAAUUGCUUGGAUCCUCCAAUACCCUCGGCUCCACAGAGGACGCCAACAACAUUUCACAAGUAUUUCUAUCCCACAUGCUUCAACAAUAUCCGGAAGGCUACAUAUUCGAUUUUGAUACACAAGGGUCAUUCACUCAUGAUAUGAAACCCGUUGCUCCAGCAGCAGAAGAACAACCGUCAUCGCCGAUCGCCUUUUCGAGAAACGAACAACAUAGCUACGAACAACGGGAACUGCAAAGGGCUUUCAACGGAGCCCGAUAUGUAGCAUUCAUACCUAUUUGGGACCCUCUGAAGGGCAUGAUUUCCAUCGGCGGCUUUGCGUGGUCAAAAGCACCACGGCGUGAAUCCGACAGAGACAGCGAACUGCCGUUCUUCAGGGCCCUCGGAAUAUUGGCAGCAUCCGAGGCAUUCCAAAUAGAAACACUGGCAGCCGACAAGGCCAAGUCAGACGUUCUGGGCUCGAUAUCUCACGAACUGCGCUCUCCACUUCACGGAAUCACGCUUGGCCUUGAACUGCUAAACGACUCUGGCUUAGGUGCGGCACAGCAAAACAUAGCUCACUUGAUCGGCACAUGCUGCCGUACUCUCCUUGACACAACAGAACAUCUGCUCGAUUUCACGAAGGUGAAUCAAUUAGGGCGGUCAGAUACGAUAAUCGACGACCGCUCAGAGAAAUCCACGACCAGCACUGCGCCCUCAAACCGGGAGCAGAUCAUGGAUAAAACUGUUCAUCUGGACCAGAUUGCUGAGGAUGUAGUAGAGAGCGUUUAUGCCGGUCAUAGCUACCAGAAUGCGUCGAUCGCCCACAUCUUCAGCCCUUCCAACAGCCGAACGAGUGCCUACGUCAGCGCUAUUCGACGAAUGGACUCUAUAGAGGCCGCAGAGGCAAAAGCCAUCGACCAGAGAAACCGGCAAGAGGAUGGCGUCGUUUCCGUGUUUUUACUCUACGAUCCAACGAUGUCCUGGAGCUUCCAAACGCGGGCCGGUGCGAUCCGCCGAAUUAUUAUGAACCUAUUUGGAAACUCACUCAAGUACACGUCUCAAGGCUUCAUCAAGAUCACAAUGACUCAAUCGCAACCAGAAGAUGCAAGAAGUGGAGAACGCAUGAUUGAAUUGGUGGUUGAAGAUACGGGUCGAGGAAUCAGUGAAGACUUUCUUCGCAAUAACAUCUUCAAGCCAUUCUCCCAAGAGGACCAACUAUCUACCGGGACGGGGCUGGGGCUCAGUUUCGUGCAGAGGAUGACAUACCAGCUUGGCGGCACAAUAUCCAUCAGUAGCCAAGUCGACGUUGGCACCAAAGUCACAGUGUCGAUACCCAUGCUGCAAGGCACAAGCUCACGGUCUGAAAUCGGGCUCUACACACAAAGCACAUGCCACGGUCUUCGAGCUAGACUCACCGAUCUGCCUCCAAGUCACGGCGUCGCUCUUCAGCAUGAGUCUAUGACUUUCCAAGCCUUGAUGAAAGAGCUAUGCUUUGAACAUCUAGGUAUGGUAUCAGACGCGCUAUCAGAGAUGGAGCGACUAGCUCCAGAUGUGGUUGUCGUUCAGGACAGCUCAACGAACAAUAUUUCAGAACUAGCGCCGUCGUGGCCCGACGCCCCAGUGCUGGUGGUUUGUAACAACGCACUUGUUGUUCAAAGACACGGUAUCAUGUAG